UUUCCUGAAACGAGAAUGGGCGGUGGGAUGCAUGCAAAUAUAGCUUAGCAAGUCCAUCUCAUGUGUGAUAAAGCCAUCAACGACUUUUCAAACACAUGCUAGCUCCUCAUGUGUGAAAAUUGCGCAUCAUGUACAGCUAGCUCCUCAUAAAAAAUUACAAUUUAUUAUUCGUUUGAAUUAACUAAUCAUGGAACCAGCGGAAGAGAACACAUGGUUUGAGUUUCAAGGUUUGACUUAUUCACCGAGCAGAUCAGAUUCUAGUAGUACACAGAAAAGAAAACUAGCGGAAAGAAGAUUCGGAUUCCGAGAGAGAACGAUAUCAGAGUUCAGAGAAAGAAGCCAUGCGGAAGAACAUGUGUCCUGUUCAACCGCCUGCAUCAUCGACACGUGGAAGCGGUGCCAGUGGCGGUUCUCACACCUUCAACUUUUCGGUGGCCAUAAUAAUAGCAUUUUGGUGCUAUGUUCUUGUUUCCGCUCCUCCCAUUCUCGCCCUUCCUCACACAACCAUGGGAAGUAAGAAUCAAUCACAUCAGUCAGAGACAAGUAGUAAACUCUCAUGCCUAAGGCAUUCCCUUGGUUUGCUUGAUGCCAACUUCUUCAAUGACAAGCAGGUUGAGGAGAUUGAUAAGGCUGCGAAAGAGUUCAAUGUUCCAAUUAUAGUAGCGGAUCGGAAACUUGUGGCUUCUGAAAAUGGGGGGUUGCAUUACCCUUCUCCUUUAAUUUUCAAUGCUGAUUGGGAAUAUCAACCAUUACAUUCUGAAAGCAAAAAGUUCAAAUGUCCUUCCAUCUCUAAGAUACAGAGACCUGAAUCUGAAGAAGAUAUUGCCUUUAUGAGUGUUCUUGAAUUAGGUGCACUCAUCAAAACUAAACAAAUAACUUCUCAGGAGCUUACACAAAUAUUCUUGCGGAGAUUGAGAAAGUACAAUCCUGUUCUUGAGGCUGUGAUCACUUUUACCGAAGAAUUGGCACACAAGCAAGCGAAAGAAGCUGAUGAAUUGCUCAGCCAAGGAGUGUAUCUGGGGCCUCUUCAUGGAAUUCCAUAUGGAUUGAAGGACAUCAUAGCAGUUCCUGAGUACAAAACAACAUGGGGUUCAAAAUCAUUCAAAAAUCAAGUUAUUGAUAUGGAAGCAUGGGUCUAUAAGAGGUUGAAAUCUGCUGGGGCUGUUCUUGUUGCAAAGCUUGUUUCUGGAUCAUUAGCAUAUGAUGAUAUCUGGUUUGGUGGCAGAACCAGGAACCCAUGGAAUAUAGAGGAAUUUUCCACAGGGUCAUCUGCUGGUCCUGCAGCUAGCACCUCUGCAGGUCUGGUUCCUUUUGCAAUUGGAUCAGAAACGGCAGGAUCCAUAACCUACCCCGCAGCUCGCUGUGGAAUAACAGCACUACGCCCAACUUUUGGUACAGUAGGUCGAACUGGUGUGAUGAGUAUAUCAGAAAGCUUGGAUAAACUAGGCCCUUUCUGUAGAUCUGCAGAUGAUUGUGCCAUUGUAUUGGACAUUAUUCGGGGAAGAGACCCUCAUGAUCACUCCUCAAAAGUUAGCUCCCUAGAUGAUCCAUUCCAUGUUGACAUUACAAAGUUGACAGUUGGAUAUCUUGAUGAUGCUGAAAUGGAGAUUGUCCAUGUUCUUGAGUCAAAGGGUGUCAAGAUGGUCCCUUUCAAACUGAAUUACACAGUUGAUUCUGCUCAAGGCAUCUUAAAUUUCACAAUGGAUGUUGACAUGCUGGCUCACUUUGAUGAGUGGCAACGCUCAGGCCAGGAUAAUGUGUAUGAAGCUCAAGAGCAGUGGCCGACUGAACUGCGCCGCGCUCGCGUAAUUCCAGCUGUGGACUACAUGCAGGCACAAAGAGCAAGGGGAAGGCUAAUCAAGGAAAUAAGAGAGUCAUUAACCGUGGAUGCUUUCAUUGGCAAUGCAACUGACUGGGAGAAAGUUUGUGUAGGAAAUCUUGUUGGUUUCCCAGUCAUAGUAGUACCAACAGGAUUUACUAAUAUCUCCAAGCCACCACCUGGCGGCACCAAAAGAAGAACCACAGUUACCACUGGCAUUUAUGCUCCCCCUAACCGUGAUCAUAUUGCUUUGGCAUUGGCAAUGGCUUACCAAUCAGUGACUAAUCACCACAAACAGCGGCCACCUAUGAAUGAUCUUGGCCGAGAUGAAAAGAUUUCUGAUCCACCCACUGUUAUCUACCCUGCCAGGGUUUUUGGAUUCCACUAACUUGAGCACUUACCAAUGCUACUGAUUAUAGAAAGGGGCAAUACUUAUUUGAGCACUUAGCAAUGCUACUUAUAUGGAUGUAAUCAUUUUACAGACACUUGUAAAAAGAAAGCCACUAGAAUACUAGAUACAUGCCCUCGAGCCUUGAGGAAAAUAUAUAUACUUUUUUUUUUUUGCUAAUGACCAACAGCUGUUUUCGUUCCUAUUACUCACGUUUGUCGUUGUUCGUGCGCGUUGUGAUUUUAAUGAUGGUGGAUCUUCCACCAAGUAAGAAUUUUCAAUUGGGGA